AUGUUCUCUUCCGUGUCAAGUCAGUUCCGGUCUGAGCACAAUUUGUUGCAUGAUGGGAAGGAUUGUUUUGCAAGCAAAUGCAAAAUGGCUGCCACUAUCAAAGAUUCGGAAGAGGACACUCCGAAGCGGAAACACAUAAAAGCUGUUUUAGUCAACAAGCUAGAGGGAUGCAGCGAUAUAGUUAAUAUGGCGGUGACAAUCCCGCAUGAAGAUGCAGUUAUUAGUGUCUCAGAUGACAAGUAAGCGACAAAUUAUUCGUGACUGAAUAUUGAUGUGUUGUUGUUUUCAUAAAAUCUAAUCAGCUGAAUGUAAUACAUUUACAGCUGAACGUAUUUUUUCCACGUUCUCGUCUUGUUAUUCGCAGGAGCAUUAGGCUUUGGAUAAAACGAGAAAGUGGGCAGUAUUGGCCAAGUGUUUGCCAUAUGAUGGAGUGUAAGUUUUAGUUAAUUUCAAGUCUUACUAUAAAUUUUCGUUUAAUAUAAUAUAUAUUUUCAAGCUUCAUAUCACUUUUCAAGAGGGGCAGCCUUUUCUAACUAAGGUUGCAGAUAUAGAUGUGAUCUUCCUUUUCAUCUCAACCUUGACUUAUUAUUAUGAUUAUGUGGGUUGAAAAUAUGAUUUCUUGCUUAAGCUUGUAGAAGGACGUGUUGUCGUUAAGGGUUUCGUAAUCUAAAUUUUUUGAUAUCAUAUCUCUUAUUUUUGCAUAUUUAUCUGAUUCUUUGGGGAAAUUCGUGUCCUUUUAAGUCCAGAUCGGUCAUCCUUGCUUACAGAUUCAAUAUCACAUAUUAUUUUUGCAUAUUUGCCCUGCUUUUUUAAAAAUUCAGGUUUUACCAAAAAAGAAUAGGAUUGGUUGUGGGGGGGGGGGGGGGGGGAAGCUUGGCAGGGUCAAUUACCAGUCACUAUUUAGGAAAUGAGCCUGCACUCAUCAAGGACUGGGCUCAGGAGAUGGUAGAAAUCAAGCCUAGGGGGCUGGAUCAGAAGAGCAGUUGUCCCCCAGAUCAGUUCACAUGUUUUUUUAAAUAUAAUUAUAAAAGUGUCAUAUCUUCUAUUUUAUUGUUUCAGCUGCAUGUUCUGCCCUAGAUUACCAUGGUACAAGCAGAAGGCUCUUUGUAGGAUUGGCUAGUGGCACAAUAUCAGUAAGUGCUGAGUUUAUGGAAAUAUUGAUGCAGUCUUCUCAUUUUUUUUACAUUUGCCAUUUGCACACCUCCCACAAUAUACCUUAUUGCUCCCUCAAAAUUUUGCAAAAGAAUUGUCAUCAAUUUCACUUGGAAAGACUGUACUAUCCAGAGGAAAUGAAAAAUAAAGGUUAUGCAAAAUGUGGGGGCAAACUUCGUGUGUUACUGGAGAUGUGCAAAUGGUGAAUGAAACUGAAGAGAAAAGAGAAGGUUAAAAGGCUGCUACACGUCAGGAAAAAGAGAAAAAGUGUCUUUCAUCUUAUUUAGCCAACACUACAUGACCUAACAUCAAUUUUUUUGAACAAUUUCUAAAGUUUUGUACAGUGGAGCUCCAAUAUAAUAUAGUAGUUAAAUUCCCGGGAGAGGGGGUACUUCCUUGUAAGAGGCUUUCAGGGAUGUGCCACUGGAUGGUGUCCCAUUUUCACAACUGGAUUGACUAUAAUGGGGAUGCAUUUUCAAUAGAUUUACUAGCAUGGGGUGACGCAAUUCAGAUUUUUGAUGUAAGAACGUCGAUUGAUAAGACAGAUACAUAAAUAAAAAGUGACUAAGUUGGGAUUGUGAAAAUUAUGUUUGCCAAAAAGUGACUAAGAUGGGAUAUUAAAUGUGUGAGUACUGUACUGUAAAUUUAGUCUAUUGUCUUUCUAGGUCACGAUUUUGAAAAAAAAUUAGAAACUUUUGUCUGGCUUGUCCUGCAUUGCAACCAAUCCCUCUGGGCAUUAGAGAUUACUUUAGACAGAGAAUCUGCCGUGUCAGCAUUCCCCUUGGAUUCAAUUUGCAAUUUAGCUAAGCGGAUGUAAAACCACGGUGGUGUUAAUGUUUUACUGUUGUAUCAGGUUAUUGUAAUUUGCUAUUUGAUGUUAUGAGUGAUCAGUAACAGGACAUACUACAGCUGCAUUUGGUUUGCGUGGUCGUAUUAACGGGGUAAAAUUAUAAAGGAUUAUACAGGUUGGGAUUUCAGAAUGCGGUCGUUGGUUGUAUUAACGGUGUGGUCGCAUUAACGGGGUUUUCUUAUGAGGAAAUGUAUGGGCGUUUCGCCCGGACAAAAAAAAGUGGUCGUAAUAACGAGGUGGUCGUAUUAACGAGGUGGUCGUAAGGCGGGGUUCCACUGUAUCUGUGGCAUCUCAGCCAGGAAACUGGACUCCUUUUGAAUCGAUUUCAUUUCUGUAAGUGAUGAACGUGGAUCCAAAGUCAAUGAUUACUGCUAGUAAUAAUGAUAAAUUAAUUGAUAAAAUUGCAAAUUAUUUAUCCUCUUUUGGAAGGGAUUGAUAGAAAAUUUCAUGCUGGAUUAGUUAACAUACUGGUAAUCAGAAAUAAAGGCGCCAAACUAGUUUAAAACAGUCAUUCAAGCAAGAGAGAAGAAUUUAGUGUAUAACAUGAUCAUAGCUUUGGAAAAAAUAAUGUGAAGUGCUCCUCCUAUAGGAAUUUGAAGUGUCUGAAGAUUUUAACAGAAUUCACCAUAGAAGAAAUUAUUUAGGUACGUAUAUUUGCUUGUGUUGUGAAUAAUAUUGUAGUUAUUGUCUUUACUUUAAGGAGGCAGCAUGGCCGAAUGGUCAGCGCGUCAGACUUGCAAUGCUGCGGCCCUAAGUUUGAGUCCUACUCUGGCAACUUGCUGGAUUUGCUCUCAGUCAUCCAGAGUUCAAAUCCUCAGCCACGCUUGUAAAUAGCCAACUGGUUGCCUCCUGCCAGUUGGGGUUUUUAAUCUUGUGAUGUUUUAUUUGAAUUAUUUGUUUCUAAGUAUUUGAGUGGAGUGCCGGUAAACUAGCUGGAUAAGCCAAGUGCACUUUCCUUUAUAAACAAACCGUUAAAUCCUUUUUUUAGAACAGGUUAAAAUAUUUUACUGUGACUAGGCUUAAGUGAAGUCUUUCAGCUAUUUUCUUUUCUUUUUAUGUACCAGUGGAAUAUUUUUUAAUUGGGGCCAGAUUUGAACACAAGUUGGAAUCUUAGGUCUACAAAUCAAUGUUAAUUAAGCUCAGUGUGUUUUUUGUUUAUUUAUAUCUUUUGAAGUUGGUGCAGGUGGCUAACUUGAAAGUGUAUGCUUCUUUGGCCACAGCACACCUCCUAUUUAAAAUAAUUUUUACUGGAAUAAUAAUUAUUCAAAAGAUCUUGUAACUUUUAUAACUCUUUAUUAGUCCACCUUUUCUGUAAACAGCGUAAAAUUGAAUUGAACCUUGAAGCUUGAAUUAGCCUUAAAAAACUGAUUUUUAAUGAGGCCACCAUUGGCUUCCCUCCGAUAUGUCAUCUGAGCAAUGAAUGUAGAAAUUCCAUACUGUUGACCUGUCAGGACCCAGAUCUGGAUUUUGCUUUAACCAAUCAGAAGCACGACUCAGAUUUGGGUAGUGACAUGUAAUCAGAAUGGAAUUUCUGUGCUCGUUCCUCAAACUUUAUUUCCUGGGAAACCAGUGAUGGCAUUGCAAAAUGUCAGCCGUUUUCGCAGGCUAAGCCUGAUCCUGCAGUUAGUAUUUGUCUCAGCAGGCUUCUCCAUUUAGAACAUGUGUCAAUCAAUUUCCUUCUUUUAGCACACAUGAAUAGAGUGAGUGGCAUAAUAUUUUCUCUGGAGAAUGAAUGGCUGUUAAGUGUAGGAAGGGACAAGUACUUGCAGUGGCAUGAUUGUACGAAUGGAAAAAGACUGGGUGGAUAUCAAACUGAGGCUUGGUGCACUUCACUACAGUAUCCUUUUAAGUGAUAAGAUAGCAGCAGGUUGAGUGGUUAACGCUUUCCAGGGUUUAUUCUAGAAAUUGGCCAAUGAGGGUCAAAUGGGCCCCCUUCUGUAAUUUUAGGGGGUCCAAGGAAGGGGGCACCAAAUCUAAAAAAACUAAAUGCUUUUUAAGACUAUUGACAUUCUACAUGUUUCGGACUCCCCAGACACCUUGCUGCCAUUUUGGAACAUUCUGGGCAACUGAAAAAGCCUGGGCUCUAAUUACUUCAGAAUCCUGGAUGUUUGUCUCUUGAAAUAAUGACUCAAGCAAAGAAGAGAAAGGCAAUUGAGACAGUAAGAGGCUAUAAAAGUUCAAAGUAAGUUUAUAGAGCGGCCAUCAAAUCAGUGUUGUUGUCAGUGAUGUUUUAGAAUACUUUAUUGAAAAAAAAAGUAGUACUUAUCCUUGGGUCUAUUUUUUUGCGUCCCAUUUGACGCGGCAACGUAAAUUUAAGGUUUUUUUUUUCCAAAUUGUGGAAAUCCUGCAAGGCCGCAGUCUAGAAUAAACCCUGCUUUCCCUCUCAGGCCAAGAUUUGAUUUUUUGUAAAGUUUUGAGUCUGCUGGUAAACGACCUCAGCUUGCGUUACUAUAUGUAUAAAGCAAGAAUCUCAUUGCUAUUUUAAUCAAGUUUACAAUGUUAGUCAUGCAAUGACAGUAAAAAAAGCCAAAAAGUGUGCAGCAUGUUCAGAGUUUUUGUUUUUCUUUUUUUCUCUUGUUGUUAUGCUUAGCUAGCCAGUAGUAUUACCACUCAAAACAAUCCUUGAAAUGUGACAAUUCUGCCUGGUAAACCGACAAUUUGAUGUGAAACGCGUGACAAAAUUGACUUUCACAGGUACCCAUACAGAGGCUUAGUGAUUGAGGUGUGUGGAAUAAAGACCCACAUGAUUUCUGAUAAACUGCCAGUAUUACCUUGCAACUUGUCCUGCUUUGCUUGUUAAUGAGAUGGAGAAUUAAACAUUAGAUCAGGACUCACUAAGGGCCUUAUUUUACACAUCCCUUCUUUAUUAAUAUUAUUUUCAUGCUUGCAGUUGAAUUAUUAUUCAGAAGAUUUCACCAUUUUUGAUUAGCUUUAAUUCAUGACCAACUAAUUCUUCAUACCCAGGCAAUAUAAUUUAUACCAUCAUUAACAUUGGUUAAUCUGAUCUAGAUAAAUGAUUAGAGCCAACUCUUGCCUUGUGGACACCCCGCUAUAACAGACACCCCAGUAAUAAGGACAGCAGCUAAAUCCCAGGCAAAAAUAAAUUACAGAUGUUUGGGUAAAAUUAACUCCCGCUAUUACGGACUCUUGCUAUUGAGGACGCUAACUCAAGGUCCCUACAGUGUCCACUAUAAAGAGAGUUGACUGUACCUAGUAUACAAUCAUUGACAUCAAGUCAGCAGAGUCCGCAAUCAGAAGUAGAGCCAGACGUCUCUUGAGGUUCCUUAACAAGUUUUAGAUUUGAUGCUGACUCAAAACAUGUCUUUGUUGGAGAUUAUGGAGGCCACAUCAGUGUGAUAAAACUAGAAAACAACUCACCAUCACUGGUUACAACACUCAAUGGUCACUCAGGCAAGUUGCCUCCAUGGCACAUAUGGUUUGGCACAGGUGAUUAGGAUGGGUCCUGUCACUCAGUUCUAAUCCAAUCUAGUCUAAUGCUUUUGUAGUGGUAAAUAAUAUUAUUAGUAGGGAAAGGGUUUGCUCAGUCUUGAGAAAGUCCUUGAAUUCUAUUUUUCCUUUUAAAGUCCUUAAACUUCCGUGUAAGCCCUUGAAUUUUCUUCAACUUGGAAUGUAGUGUCCUGGAAACUGUUUUUUAAUGCUUGUUGGUCGCCCAACACAGAAUAUAAAUCAUAGCUCAGAGAAGCUAACCCUGCGAUGGACUAGUUAGCAUCAUGUCCAAGGGAAGUAGCAAUACUCCUAGGCAUGCUUCAUGCUAAGGAUACUGGCAAAUGCUCCAGCCAUUUUGGCCUUUGGCUCAUGUGUGCUUUCACCUUAUUUUUCACUGCUAUGGUCCUCAUGGUUGUAUAAGGUCUUUAGUGUCUAGAAAUGGUGGGCUGGUACUAGUUUUAUGCUUUUCACUCUCGAAAGUGUCCCGAAAUUACCAAAUCUCAUCAUGUUGAACUAUUUGUUUGGUCAUGAAAGCUAAACAUUGAACUUUUACUGCAGUGCAAUAUCCACACAGCUGGUAUUUUGCAGAAAUAUUUUUUUCUUAAAGAGUGCAAAUAUUAGUAUUUUCAAUAUUAUAAUUAACAUUAUUGUCUGGAAUUGCGAUAGGCCUUCUACCACUAGGUUAUUCCAAUUCAUCAGUUCUAAUAAAUUAAUGAACAUUACUAAUCCAAUAGUAAUCUGACUUACUUAGCCUUGUUUUCUGCAUAACUACUCUUUGGGUCAUCACACAGCUCUCCUUUUAAAGCAUAAAUAUGGCAGCUGACUACAGCUCUGUGUACCUUUAUUCCUCCAGUUGUCAUGCUUCCUUUUCUCUAUACUAGAUGGUUCUGAUAAGGCAUGCUACAGAAUGAGACUGCAAACAUAGCCUACUAAAUGAACUUACUGAUGACACUUCGUGAGCUCUUCAGUUCUAUUAUUUGCAGAAUUCCAUUCUGCAUAUAGUGGAUAGUCAUCUGUAAGAGGUUAUGUUCCAUUGGCCGUGAUGAUCCAGAUCAGGAUUAGUGAACCAAUCCGGGAGUAUUCAGAUCAUAACAUGUCAAAGGAACCAACAAAUCCACCCUGGGAAAGGAUUCGUCAGUUCAUUUGAUGUAUAACCUGCAAGCAAGCUGUCCGGGGCGCUCUGGCAGUGGGGCAGGAAAAGGAAGGAGAGCUUGCAAUUACGUCUCUGGAAUUUGAAUAUCUGCAUCGAAAAAAUCGAUGCGAAAUGCUGAUUGGCGGAGAUGACAUUAGUAAUGAUGUCAUUACCUUUGGCAUGUGUUUUUCAAUAUUUGUUUACAUUUGCACUCUUUCCACUUCGCACUGAUCGGCGCUCAGAUUGAUUGACAGCUCAGUUGACAUGGAGCCACAGAGGAAUUGAAGGUGGAAUUCAAAUUCCAGAGACGUGGUGGCAAGCCCUCCUUCCUUUUUCCACCCAACCACCAAAGCGCCCUGGAGAGCUUGCCUUCAGGCUAUUUGAUGUACCAUGAUUGGAGUGAUCUCAGAUCAUGUUCCUGAUCUGGGUCAUCCUAAAGGAAUGCACCCAGUGUAUCUCUUAAAUAAAUCCAGGUUUUAAAAAUUUUGCCUUGUUAAUAAGUUUUUUUUCCCAUUUUUUUUUCCAGGUAGCGUACGUGCCCUUGCCUGGGACCCUGAGAAGCGGUUGUUAUUUUCUGGUAGUUUUGAUGAAUCCAUUAUAGUAUGGGAUAUAGGAGGACAGCAAGGAACUGCCUUUGAACUUCAUGGACAUUUGUAAGAAAACCAUGGCUUGAAGACUGUUUUCUUUAUGUCCUGUGACAAAUACAAUACCUGUCAAAUUUCAUUGAAACAAUAGGCUGAAAAUGAAAGAUUUCUCAUGCAAUGCCUUCUCAACUACUGAGUAAUUCUUCUCUCCUUCCCCAAUUUUGAGAAUUAACAAUUAUUGGACGAGGUUGGGCAAAAUAUCAUGAUUUGUCAGUGGUGAGCAGAUUAAUUAUUUGCCAAAGCCAAAGGCUUAGGCAAAUAAAAUGAUAAUUAUAUUGAUCUGCGAGAUACUGGCAAAUCAUGAUAUUUUGUCAUGAUCAAGUUCAAUAUUGUUUUAUCAUUCAAUCACCAAGUUUGUUUUUCAACGAAUAUCUUCGGGAAGCAAAGCAAUCUGCAUUUUUCACGAAAUAGUUAUCGGAAGAAGGACAAAAGCGUGCUUUCAUUUAAGCAUGAGCAGAAUAUUAUUAAUUGCAACCAAACACAGUUGGACAGCAUUGUGCACGAGCAGACCAUUAUUUGUAGGCAGUUAUUUGCAGGUCACCUGGUGGGCUCUCGGCCGACGAAAAAGAAGAAAAAAUUGCAUCGAAUGAUUAUUACAUUUAUUUGCAAAUUGGUAAUAUGGGAAUCAGCAUUGGGGAGGGCAAAACAUGACUAUAGUGUUUCAACAAAUGUGACGAGUAUUGUCAUAGUUAGAGCAGCUUAGCACACUUUUGCUAUUACCAAAGCAUUUUUUAACAAUGAGUGCUCAGCACUUUAAGACGGAAGCCAUUAGGAAAUUGAGUAAUUUUAAUUUUUAGUGGACAAAAUCCUUGUACCAGAAUAGUUUAAAGCAUAUUGCAUUCUUUUUUACACUUUUCAAGGGCUAUAAAUGUAAUUAGUUAUAUAUAAUAACACUAAAGAAACUUUCUCACGGGAGUCCAAGGAAACAAAUUUCAAAAGCUUCAGAUCUCACAAAAUGAAAUCUUACCCAUGAAAUCUUACCUGUGUUUUCACAAUUCCUGUGAAAUUUGGAUCAGUUUUCUCGGGCUCCCAUAAGAAAUUAAUCUAUUUUCAUUUAUUACAUUGCACCAGGUCUAAAGUACAGGGUCUGUGUUAUGCACCACACGCCAAGAAGUUAAUAUCAUGCAGUGAAGAUGGUGUUGUUAGAAUUUGGGACAUGAAUGUUAAACGACAAGAGGUAUGUUUAAACAAUCUCCAUGGGGGUAUGGCUUGUUCCUUUUUUACCGAGAGGGCAGGAAACUGUAGAGUAUUGUUUAUUAUUGUUGUGUCAAGGAAAUAAAAAAUUAAUCGGUUGUUGAGUGAUACAUGUUCAGUGAGAGAAAUACCUUGAAAAGACAAAAUUAAAGACAAAGGUAAAGUAUCAUUAAUUUCUUUUUUUUUUUUGUAUCCGUAUUAGACACCAGAAUGGUCGCAAAGUGAUGUCUGUGAGAGAUGUAGUGGUCCUUUCUUCUGGAAUUUCAAGGUUAUGUGGAAUCAGAAAACAGUGGGUGUGAGACAGGUAUGACCUUCAAGCUGCCCCCAGCCCCAACCGUUCUCCUUCCCUGUCAAGUAGUGUAUCACCUUCAUAGGUGUUAUCAGGGAGUUUAAGAUACCACGACGGCGAAUUUGGGUUCUUUCAAUCUCUAUCGUGAUUACUCCAACUCAAAUGAGAAAUCCUCUUCAAAUGCAAGCGAACUCUUUUUGAGCCGAAUUCCUAAGAACCGUAUUCAAGUUCAGAAAGAGAAAGAAAUUUAGCCCGUCGCUUGUUUACGUCCUCCAUAAAACGUGAAAUUAGGCAUUUUCCGGUCGUAGUCGUGCAGUGACGGUAAAGAAGUGUACAAAAAAGCAUGCUGCACGUGCAGAGUUUGUUUUGCCUAUUCAAACUAUUGCUUUUUUGACGUUCUCAUUGUUAUCGCCGGCCGUUGUGGCAUCUUAAAGUCCCUCCCAAAUGAAGGACUUGCCCAUUACGUACAAUAUCCGUAUCAAGAGAACCAGAGGUUUUUAAAUCAGUGGCGUCAGUCAACGCAAGCAUGCGGUUAUUGGGCCUAUAAAGUUAAAAACGAGCUUUCUGGCUCUUAAGUUAUAAGUAGCAAAAGUGUCUCCAUCUUUCAAAACGGUAACUUUAGGGUUAGUGUAGUAUAGUACAUGUCAUGUCCUAACAUUUGUGAAAAUCUAUGCAUUGGCUAAAUGCAUGGUUGCUUUGAUUUUUCAGCAUCACUGUCGGAAGUGUGGCAGAGCAGUUUGUAAUGAAUGUAGUUGCAAUGAAUCAGCGUAUCCGAUCAUGGGCUUUGAAAAUUCAGUCCGCUUUUGCGUUGAAUGUUAUGAAUCCAUCACUGAUGAUGAGUAAGUGUAAUGCCUUGUUGUAAAGCCCUGUUUCAUUAUUUGAAUGGUCACGCUUGAGGAUUUCUUCCGUAGAGUCAAAAACUAGAGACAAUUUGCACACCCUAACAAACAGUUUCACUCGACUGCCACUUCCAAAUGGCUUCUUGCGAAAAUCUCACGCAAACGCCUUCAAAAUCUGAAAACAAAUGCAUGUUUUACAGUCUAAAGUUCCACAACGUUCCACAGGAAAAUGCUGCUCGGUAGCUAUAAUGUGAAUACAUGUAACCACAUUGGAGGAUUUCAUCUUGACUCAAAAGUGUGAACGUCGUUCUACGGCGUAAACAGUGUCCUGGAAAGUACUGUUCAGUAGCUGUCAGUUAGACUCAAUGCAAACUAAGAGGAACGCAACAAAUAGCGAUCCGUGAGCAAAACGUAAGAGAAACGUAAAUGGGGAGGGGUUUGACAAAAUUUAGGUGUUCAUCAAAAACAUUCGUGAGUAUGGCGGACUUGGCUGUGAACAUUCAAGCUGUUAUUUGAAGGGUCACGUGUAUUUAAAAAUAUCUUCCACUGCAAAAUCUCUUUGCACAGCAUAACGCACAGUUCCACAGCAAAGCACUGCUAGGUAGCCUUUACAAUGUACUUGAAUGGUCACACCUUAGGAUUUCAUCCUCAGGCUUAUGAGUAAGUUAGAACCACCUUGUACUGCAGAUUGAUAAAUCCAAUUGGGGAUCUUAAAAUUUAAAUCUUGAUUGUCCAAAUCCUAAAUUGCUCGGUGGUUUUAUUUGAAAGUUGAUGGUUUACUAGAUUUUAUUCACGGACUGCAAAUUAUAGAAUCACAAACAUAUUGCUCAAGGAUCACACUCUAGCUAUUUAAUUUACAGACUUGCCACUUUUCAUAGCGUAAGAGAAGAAAUAGUUGCGUCUCUAGCGAAGGAACAAAGAGCAUAAAACCACAACUCAAGACAAUUUAAUCUGUUUUUUUUUUUAACCCAGUCGAGUGCCGCUGUCCGAUUUUCUCGAUGCAAAGCACACAACACGCUCGAUGUACCUGGAUCUAACUAAAGGAAGAUUGCUGACAUGUGGCGGUGAUAGAGUUGUGAAGGUUGGUUCUUAA